UGAAACUCACUUCCGAAGUCUCUUUGAAAAAUCCUUAAUAUCCAAAGGCUUUGAAACGAAAACUAGUAGAGGGCGUAGAUAUUGAAAGACAUUUUAUUCAGUUAGUUAAAGCAAUCUCUGUCGCGAGAAAUUUAAAACGGAAACAAGUUAUGGGAUACGGACUUCACAAAUUUGUGGGAAAAGUAGACCCAAACUUGAUCUGCAGUAUUUGCGUAGGAGUAUUAGAAAAGGCUGUGACUACAAUAUGUGGACACUCAUUUUGUGAAGACUGCCUCGAUAAAUGGUUGGAUCGACCCCAGGCGAGAUCUUGUCCAAGCUGCCGUUCUCAUGUUCUGAAAGUAGAUCUCAUCCCGGUCCAUGCAUUAAGAGGGAUCGUGGAUGGACUAUCUGUUCAUUGUGAUAACAGUGAAAAUGGAUGUGAAAUGGUAAUGAAGCUAGAGAAGCAUCAAGUCCAUUUAGAGUCGUGUCCCUAUGGCAUGGUCGAGUGUAAGGCUUGCCAUUCUGAAGUCAAGAGACUUGAUCUGGUUGAUCACCACGAGGAGUGCACUGUGCUCCAAUCUCUAGCGGCCAAGAUGAAAGGCGAACUAGCGAACGACCCAACUACAGAGAGCCUCUACACUCUAAUCGCUGAACUUAAAAUCGAUUUACAGAACACCAAAUCGAAGCUCUUUGAAUCAGAAAACGAAGUUUCAAGAGUUGGACGUCAGUUAAAGAGAAUGAAGCUACGCAUGCAAAUCGACGAUGAUCUUGAAUACGACCCCGAAUGGGAUCCAGACUAUUCCUAUGGGUACUCCCCCUCGAGUAUCGCCCACCUCAGUAGCAUCAUAGCAAAAUACUUACUCAAUAAACCCUACUAUGUAGAUCGUAAUCGGGUGUUCAAUGCUGUGAAGCGUUGCCAUGACUAUUAUCAUAGCUACGCCAGUUAUUAUCAAGAUGUACAUAUGUUACUUGCCACUGCUUAUGCGAGUAACUGGUUCACUGAAAACCAGAGAAGUAACUUUGAAUGUUGGCUUAACAAUCUGACCCGACAAAGAUUUCUGCGUUGAUCCGGGGAAAAAACAAUGCUCAAGAGAAUAUUAAACAUAAAAUGUGGAAACACACUCAAAGUCAAAGGGCGUUUUCCUAGCCUGGGCACAGACGGACGUUUGUUAAUCUUCCACUCUUUAUGGGAUUAAAUGUCUUUCCCCUUAGACGAAAUUGUUAAAAAAAAAGUAUUUGUAGUGUUAACGACAAUGCAGUCCGAUUUCCUUCAAUGAUUAAAAAAACCUUUUAUUCUGGA